UGAAAUAAUUUUCGUUAUCAUAUAUCUUCAAUAUCUUGUCACAUUUGUCAUCAAUUUGUCAUUUCUAAAUGUCAUCAAUAUUUGUACGCAUUAACUCGAAUUUUUAAUUCAUAGCAUUGAAUAACCUAUUAAAAUCUGAUAUUUAUCAGUGAUAUUUUAAUGAAAGGAACAUUCAUAAAUUAACCAAAUAAAUAUAAAGAAAAAAAAAAAAAAAUGGCAUCUGCAACUGGUUCUGGUUCGGGGUCUGGCGGUGCUGGUGACUGCGAGGGAGAGGAACAGGAAGAUUCUUCGUCCUCUCACCGCUCUGUCUUGGAAACCAGGGAGGCACUGGAUAGACUGAACCUUAAUGAUGUGAAUAAUUUAAGUAUAAUACUAAAAAGUACAAUGUUUUACACUUCACAGAACAAAGACAUUGAAGAUGAACUUGCAGUUUUCCGUCAGCAAUGGCAAAGAGAAUUGGAAUCUACUCCUUCCCCAUACAAGGAGAACCAAACUCCAGCUAAGAAGGAACCUAAAAUUUCUGAAGCACAACUUACUGAUGAGGAAAAGGCCAAACAAUUGUUUCUAUGUGGUGUAGAAAUGGAGAGAGGUGGACAGUUGUAUGAAGCCAUUCAACACUACAAAAGAGCUAUUCAGAUUCUGCCUGACGUGGAGAGCAGACUGUAUGAUGGUUCUGAAUUGAGAGCUGACACUCCUGAAGAGGAGUCAGUAAUUGUUGAACCAAGCCAUGUGGAACAAGACCUGGACAGUGAUGAUGAAGAUGCAGUAGAAGGGGAGGAUUUACUCUCCAGGCUGCAGAGAAUAAUGGCACGCAAGGGACACCUAUGCGAACCAGAGUAUCCAACUAAGGGUGCUCAUAUCUCGUGGCUGCCGUACGAGGUGGUGCAGCUGGUGCUCCGCUGGGUGGUGGGCGCCGACCUGGACGCCGCCGCGCUGGAGCGAGCCGCCGCCGCCUGCCGCGGGCUGUACGUGGCGGCGCGCGAGCCCGAGCUGUGGCGCUGCAUGUGUGUGCGAACAUGGGGUAUCGAGUGCGGAACACCCCGCGUGCACGGCUACAUGAACUGGCGGCACAUGUACAUUGAGCGACCGAGGUUGAACCUACACGGCUGCUAUAUCAGCCGGACCACGUAUCUGCGUCACGGGGAGAACAGCUUCCAGGAUCACCUCUACCGGCCUUGGUACCUCAUAUACUACUACCGCUAUCUGAGGUUCUUCCCGGAAGGCUUGGUACUAAUGUGGACAACUGCUGAAGAGCCAGCGGCAUGUGUUGGGCAACUCAAGCAUCGCGAAACCAAGAAUAAUCUCGGAAUAAUGUCUGGACAUUACCGGCUUGUUGGUGACAUGGUUGUGAUUGUGAUAAAAAAGGACAAAAGUGAGAAAAAGCCUUCACAGUCAUCUAAUACGCGUUUCCGCUCCAGACGUAAGGAGGUUCAUGAGCAACAUGAGCAAGUGUUCCAUAUGGAGCUGCAGCUGCGCAGCGUGCGGCGGCGCCGCAACUGGCAGCUGGUGUGGCGGCGCUACGCCGUGUGCUCGCGGCGCGACCAGUGGUCGGCCUUCGAGCUGGCGCCCAGCAAGUUCCCGCCCUUCGCCUUCAGCGCCGUGCGCGCCUACACCGCCGACGCCGGCGCGCCGCUGACUCCGGCGCCGCCCGGCCCGCGCUGCGGCUGCUGGUCGGUCGCCCGCUCGCACUUGCAUUUCGAAAACUGCACCAGCUAGUAAAAUUGAUAUAUUAUUUUCGAUUGCUGUUUUAAUAUAGAAUCUAAGAGUCGUCUCGUAAAUGCUUCUUAUUUUUUUAGAAAAUUUAAAAUAAAAAAUAUAAAUAAUAAGGUUCUAUUGCACUCUUUAUUCAAGUAUCUAUUUACAGAGCGUGAAAUGUUUUCUAAAAAUAUAUUAAAAUGCUGUUGA